AUGUUACUGACUUUAGCCCCAGGUGAACCAUACUUAGCAAGCUCGAACCACGGCAUCUUCAUCGCGCAUUUACGCAGUCUUCCUCUCCCCACAUUCCACAAGUCCAGGACGCCAUGUCGUAGUCACGGUCCCCGGCACUCACGGGCGCGGCCCACCAUUCUGUGGUCCACGCGGGACAACCACAACGCCAGGCACACCUGCCUUGCCUCCAACAUCAACGACACCAGCCCCGCCAGUGCCUCCGUCACCGACAAAAUGAACCACCUGCCCAUGGCCACGAUGGAGCUUGGUAGCGGCGUGUCCUCGAUCGUGAAGGAGGGCGAGGACGUCUACAUUCACUGCAACGUGGAUUCCAACCCGCCGACCUACAAGAUCUCGUGGUUCAGGAGGUGCCAGGCCAUCCUGCACCAACCCGCGCAAGGCAUCCUGCUCAGCGGCAACAGCCUGGCCCUGCGCGGCAUCACCAGGCACCAGGCGGGGCCCUACACCUGCACCGCCUCCAACGUCGAGAGGGACGCCCACAGAUCCCCUCUCACCCUCCACGUCAACUACGCCCCGGUGUGCGCGGCGGGCGGUGCGGCGCUUGUGCUGGCGGCGGGGCUGGGGCAUCGGGUGAACGUGACCUGCCAGGUGGAGGCGGCGCCGUCCGCGAUGAGGUACUCGUGGGUGUACAACUCGCUCACCUCACACCUGCCCGGCGACCAGGUCUUCAUUACGCCGCAGAAGUUAGGCGUGGGUUGA